AUGAAGCGAUUACGGGACGAGGAGUAUAUGAACCCUCAAUUUAAGCGGCCGUUCGGUGCUUCACGUGGCGAAUUCUUGGAUGUUCUGAAUGUGAGAAAAUCUUUUGAUCAGAAUACAGCGAGUCCCAAUUCAUGUAACAAGGUUGCAGAAAUUGAUAGGAGGAAGACAAAUGAAUUAGGUUUUAGUACUGCUUUUAGGGUGUCCAGGUAUGCGCCAUCACAAUCUCAUAGUGCCAAUGGAGGUGGAGAAGUUGGUGUUGAAAGCGAGAAUGGUGGUAUUGGAGUUAUCGGUAGUGGUGCAGGUGUUGUUGCUAGUAGUACACAAAAGCUUACCACUAAUGACGCAUUGAGUUAUUUGAAGCAAGUUAAGGACAUGUUCCAAGAUCAAAAGGAAAAGUAUGAAAGCUUCCUUGAUGUCAUGAAGGAUUUUAAGGCUCAAAGAAUUGACACCGCUGGUGUCAUAGCAAGGGUAAAGGAAUUGUUUAAAGGCCACCCGAAUCUAAUCCUAGGUUUUAAUACAUUCUUGCCUAAGGGUUACGAAAUUACCCUAACCGAUGAGGAAGAGGCUCUGCCAAAAAGGACAGUUGAGUUUGAAGAGGCCAUCAGUUUUGUUAAUAAAAUUAAGAGACGAUUUCAAAAGGAUGAUCAUGUUUAUAAAUCUUUCCUAGAUAUCUUGAAUAUGUAUCGGAAGGAACACAAGAGUAUAACUGAGGUCUACCGAGAGGUUGCAGCACUUUUUGAUGACCAUCCUGACCUUCGUGAAGAAUUUACUAGAUUUUUGCCCGAUACUCAGGCGGCUGCUUCGACUCCGUAUGCUUCAACACGUACGGUAGAUAAGAGAUUACGGAGGGACAGUAUUAUGGAUCCAAAUGAAGAGCGGGAUCCUAAUAUAGCACGUGCGGAUAUGGAUGAUGAUAAAACAAUAACGAAGCUGUCCAAAGAGCAUAAGAAGCUUACUGAAAAAGAAAACAGAGAUAAGAUGAAUUGCUAUCUGGAUGGCAGAGAUCCUGAUAUGGAGAAGAAGCCGUCUGACAAAAAGAAGUCUGCUCUGAAUGUUGAAGACUUGGGUGGGGCACCUAUUACCUCCUUUGAUGAUAAAGAUGCAUUAAAAAGUUCGUACAACUAUGAGUUCUCUUUCUGCGAUAAAGUUAAAGAGAGGCUGCAGAGUGAAGCUGAUUGCCAGGCAUUUUUAAAUUGCCUUCAAAUUUACAGUUCAGAAAUCAUUACUAGAAAAGAACUGCAGAGUCUGGUUGCUGAUUUACUUGGAAAAUAUCCAGAUCUUAUGGAGGGUUUCAACGAGUUUUUGGAGCGCUAUGGAUAUCUGGCUGGUGUUGUGAGAAAAAAAACAUUAAGGAAUGAAGGGAAUUCUUCAAAAGCCCCUAGAAUAGAUGAGAAGGAGAAAGAACAAAAGCGUGACUUGGAAGGAGGGAAAGAGAGAGAUGGGUGCAACUUAAAAUACUUGGGAAAGUCCAUUCAGGAGCUUGACCUAUCUGAUUGUCAACAGUGCACUCCUAGCUAUCGGCUUCUUCCUAAGGAUUAUCCAAUAUCUUCAGCUAGCCAGAGGUCAGACCUUGGUGCUCAAGUUCUAAAUGAUCAUUGGGUGUCUGUGACAUCUGGUAGUGAGGAUUAUUCUUUUAAACACAUGCGGAAAAAUCAGUAUGAAGAAAGCCUGUUCAGAUGCGAGGAUGAUAGAUUUGAGCUAGACAUGUUGUUGCAGUCCGUGAGUUCAACUGCUAAGCGAGCUGAGGAGCUUUUGAACAGUAUCAAUAAUAAUUCAGUUGGGUCAGAUGGUCCCAUACUAAUUGAGGAGUACUUCACAGCUCUUAAUUUGAGAUGCAUUGAACGAAUAUAUGGGGAACAUGGUCUUGAUGUGAUGGACAUUCUGCGUAAAAAUCCACCACUUGCUUUGCCUGUUGUCCUAACACGUCUGAAGCAGAAGCAAGAAGAUUGGACCAAGUGCCGUUCAGAUUUUAACAAGGUUUGGGCUGAGAUAUAUUCUAAGAAUCACUACAAGUCUCUCGAUCAUCGCAGCUUCUAUUUCAAGCAACAAGAUGCAAAGAAGUUGAGCACAAAAUCCUUAGUGGCAGAAAUCAAAGAAAUCAAAGAGAAAAGGCGGAAUGAGGAUGAUGUGCUUCUUAGUAUUGCUGCUGGAAGGAGGCAUUUUGUCACUUCUGACCUCGAAUUUGAUUAUGCUGAUGCUGAUGUUCAAGAAGAUGUAUUUAAGAUUAUCAAGUACUCCUGUGAGGAGAUCUGUUCAACAAAAGAUCAAUAUAAUAAGGCUUUGAGGUUUUGGACUACUUUUCUUGAGCCGAUGUUGGGUGUUCAUUCUCAUCGCAAUGGUUUGGAGACUAAUGGAGAUAAAGAUGUCUCUAAACGCCAAAAUAACGAAAACAACACUGGUGUAACAGAAAGGGAAACUAGUGCAAAUACCGAUCUUACCACCACAAAUUUGAAGCUAGCAAAGUCUAAUUGCAAUGGAGAUUCUAGUUCAUCACCUCAAAGAAUAAAUUUCAGAACUGGUUUCACGAAUGUGGGCAGUUCGGCUAAAGAAGGAAUAGCAGUGGCUUCUGGUGAAAGAUUAACCAACCCAGAUGCAGCUGUUACUUCAGGAUCAGACAUUAAUCACGGGUAUGGCGCAAAUGCUUCAAAAGUGAGUAAUGUUACCACUGUGGAAGGCAAUGAAGCCAGAUCAAAUAUGGAUGUUACAGCUCCCUCAGAGGGUGGUGAACAAUUUAGAUUGAGCAAGCCAGCAGAUGGAAAUUUUGCAGAAAGGUCCAGACUUUCCAGAUAUAACGAGGAUCCUGCUGAUCCUUGUAAAAAUGAGAAAGAGGAGGGUGAGUUGUAUCCUAAUUGUGAUUCUGAAGAUAAUUUUGGUGCCUACCAAGACAGCAUUCUGCAAGUCUUGCCUGAAAAAAAGCGUGGCAAUGGAGUAAGCCAAGGUCAAACGGAGGAUCACAAAGACAAUGCUGAUGACAGUGAAAAUCCAUCAGAAGCUGGAGGAGAUGUUUCAGGCAGUGAGUCUGCUGCUGAUGAGUGUUCGCGGGAAGAUCCUGAGGAAGAAGAAGAUGGCAAAGCUGAAAGUGAAGGUGAGGAUUAUGGUGGAGAUGCUGCUGCUUUGGUGCCGCAAUCUGAACGAUUUAUGCUGAUGUGUAAGCCUCUAUCAAAGCAUGUGGCUUCUUCAUUGAUAGGCGAUGAGAAGAAGGAUCAACAUGUUUUCUAUGGAAACGACACAUUUUAUGUGCUUUUUAGGCUGCAUCAGACACUUUAUGAGAGAAUACUAUUUGCUAAAGCCAGUUCAGUAUGUGGUGAAUCCAAGUGGAGAAACACGGAAGAUGCGACUCCCGAUCCAUAUGUUAGAUUCAUGGGUGCACUAUUCAGUUUACUUGAUAGAUCUUCUGACAAUACAAAAUUUGAAGACGAUUGCCGUUCUUUGAUUGGGAACCAGUCCUACGUGCUAUUCACAUUGGAUAAGUUGAUCUAUAAGUUGGUUAAACAGCUUCAAACUGUUUCAAGUGAUGAGGCUGAAUGUAAGCUGGUUCAGUUGUAUCAAUAUGAGAAAUGUAGGAAGCCAGAGAAGUUUGUUGAUUCAGUUUAUUAUGAAAAUGUUUGUGCCCUUUUGCAUGACGAGAAUAUAUACCGGUUUGAACGUAUAUCCAAUCCGACUCAGUUUUCCAUCCAAUUGAUGAAUGAUGAAGAUGAGAAGUCUGAAGUUUUUGCAGUUUCAAUAGAUCUGAAUUUCGCGACAUAUUUUCACGAAGAGUAUCUUUCAGUGAACCAUGGAAAGGAGGAGUCAUCAUUGAAUAUGCUGAAAAGGAAUCUACGCAAGUGUAGUAACAUAGAUGAACCCACUGCUCUGUAUAGGGCAAUGGAAAACGUUCUGAUCAUGAAUGGGUUGGAAUGUAAGAUGGCGGCAAGCACAUCAAAGAUCACGUAUGUUAUCGACACGGAGGAUUCAUUUAUUCGUUUAGGAAGGAAACUGGUUAGAUCUUCUUCGCCCAAUGACCAAACAAAAGUCCAACGGUUUCACAAUUUUCUGGCAGCCUCUAUUGGUGAUUCAAAGGGAACCCCUUUGUGAUGCUUUUGAGAAGUUGAGUCAUGGAUCUCGGCUCAUACGAGAAUUGUUCCUGCAAUUUAUUUAAUUGCUAGAGACCAACGACUCGUUCGGUAAUGAUGAUUUCUUCAAGAUCGGGCGAGUGGCAUUGGUAUUUGUUUCUGUACAUAGCAAGGUCUGGUCCGCGUGCUAGUAGCCAUUUUUAUGUGUUUUUCGUAGGGGUUUCAGACUGUUGUUAUGUACACAAUACAGAUCAACAUGGUGUAAGAAAAAGAGAAAUGGGAGAUGGGGGGAAAUAGUAUAAAUGUAUCAAACUUUUUGAACUUUGUGUUUUCUUGAAUAUAUGUAUAUAGUUCACUUGCCAAUGCAUUAAUAAGAUAACUUUCUACUUUCUAGAUCCCAUUUACUUCUUCUUCUUCUUUUUAUUAUUUUAGAAGUUUCCUUUUGGAGUAGGAGCCAAGGAUUGGAACAAGGAUAUAAAUAUGAUUUUCCAGUCGUGGUUGCAUAAG